AUGCAGAAGCCACGGUCGGCAUCGAACCAACGACCUCGGGCUGAGCAGCACAACGCCAUAUUCACUAAACUGCCGCGGAAGACUCGAGAGUCCUCGGCAGCGCUCGGCAGCAAACUGAAGCCUGCGGUGCCGACAGACCCGUCCCAACCAACAUUAGCGUUUCUUGGGCUCCGCCGCAGACCUGGCUUGCAGAACGAUGGCUCUAUAAGCCUGCCGAGCUCGUCGCCACGGCUGGUCGGUGUCCUGCUCGCCAUUAUUGUGCUUCUCUGCGUGGUGCCCUACAUAUCCUCCCUGUUCCCCUCCUCUUCUCCUCGUCUGCGAGCCAGAACCACAGCCGACACUGAAAAAGCGGAUAAACUGCCGAGGAAGGAAACCGCACGGGACGUCAAAACCACAGCGGCUACUGCAAAGUUGGAGAAGCUGCAAAAGGAGGAGACGUCGCCCGCAGUGUCACCGGCUGCUCUUCCUCCAUCGCCUGGCUACGUGGGCGCGGAAUGCAACGUGACCUCGCCGUGCUUGGGCAAAGCACAGUGUGAGGACGGCAUUUGUCUCUGCGAGAAACCCAAGUACCGCGUUUCGUCCGGUGUGUGCGUCUCUCGCGGCCCCCGCAAGGUCUCUGGCAAGAAGAGGAAGCGUGUGAAACGCAUGCACGGCUCUCACCGUCAUGGCGUCCGCCAUCGGCACGUCGUUAGACACGGCAGCCGCAAUACGAAGAAACAACGCGUUCGCGCGAGCACGCACCAGUCAACGCCAUGGAUCGUGUCAACGAAAUGGACGUAGUCUUUUUUUUUUCUUGAUUUCAAGAAAGAACAUUGCUCCAUUGUAGGAUGCACCCAAUAUUUUUCUGCAAUCACGGUUUUUGAUGACGCGCUGCUGAGCACACCAUUAGUGACUCCUAAUGCAAUUUGAAUAUAGUUAUUCCGCUCCGA